CAAAAAUAGACGAUUUUGAUUUUGAUUUUGAUUUUGAUUUUGAGUAAGAUAAAGAGACAGAGAAAAAGAGAGAGAGGGUGUGAUGCGUGCUUUCGGCUAAGCUAGCUCAAACUCGCCUCGUCUAUGCUGUUAGGGGAAUACAAAGAUCUUUCAACACCUCCUUCUUUAUUACCCUUUUCCAACACCUACCUCUUUCUCUCUCACACUCGUCCUAGGUUUCGUUUUUCUUUCUUCUCCUCCAUUUUCAAGAAUGUGGGAUCUCAACGACUCCCCUCGCCAGAGAAAGGACUACGAAUCUGAACCAUGCUCCUCUUCCAUCAAUGACGACAAAGGCAAGAGAGUGGGAUCUCUCUCCAAUUCCAGUUCCCUCGUCGAAGAUGGAUCCGAAGAAGAAGACAGUGACAGAGGUGCAACCGGAACCGCAACGUUCGACAAAAAAACCAGCAAAAUUUUCGGUUUCCAGGUCACCCCAGAUGACACUGACCACCCUCCGGUCACACGCCAGUUUUUUCCGCUCGAGGAUUCAGAGACCGCUGCCGUCGCCGGUGGAAGCUCCUCCUUCCCACGUGCUCACUGGGUUGGUGUCAAAUUCUGUCAAUCGGAAACACUUGGCGCCGGGAAAGCAGUGAAAGUCUCGGAGCCCAUGAAGAAAAGCCGGCGAGGACCACGUUCCCGGAGCUCGCAGUAUCGCGGAGUUACGUUUUACAGAAGAACCGGUCGGUGGGAGUCUCAUAUAUGGGAUUGUGGAAAGCAAGUGUAUUUGGGUGGAUUUGACACAGCACAUGCAGCUGCUCGUGCGUAUGAUAGAGCGGCCAUUAAGUUCCGGGGGGUGGAGGCGGACAUCAACUUCAACAUAGAAGACUAUGAGGAAGACUUGAAGCAGAUGAGCAAUCUAACCAAGGAGGAGUUUGUGCACGUACUACGCCGACAAAGCACUGGAUUUCCGAGGGGAAGCUCCAAAUAUAGAGGCGUCACUUUGCACAAGUGUGGAAGAUGGGAGGCUCGAAUGGGUCAAUUUUUGGGCAAAAAGUACGUUUAUCUGGGUCUUUUUGACACCGAGGUUGAAGCUGCAAGGGCAUAUGACAAAGCAGCAAUAAAAUGCAACGGCAAAGAGGCCGUCACCAAUUUUGAUCCCAGCAUCUAUGAUAAUGAACUUAAUUCCGAAUCCUCAGGUGUGGCUGUAGAUCACAAUCUAGAUUUGAGUUUGGGCAAUUCUAGCUCUAUAACAUCGGGGAAUCACUUCCCAAAUGCUGCAACCGAUCAGCAUAUGCCACCUGAAUCUAAUUGGCGCAAUGCGGGAAGCAAGCCCAAGGUUCAUCUGGUAAAUAUACUACCAAAACCAUGUGGUAGAAGCAACAUGGAAGCAUAUGCAAGAGAGGGACAGGGGGAGAGUGAAGCCUUGAGGAUGCUAAGUCAAACUCACCUUCAAUCUCCAUCCACCAAAGAAAUGCAUAGAUAUGGUCCGUAUAGGUCACCAGCAGAGGCUCAAAUGCCUCACAAUUUUGCACAUCUUCACCCACCAAGUUUUCAUGUUCCUAGCAGCAGUAAUGGAGGCCGUAUUGGAAGUGAUCUUUCAUUAUCAAUGUCGGAUGAACAACAAUGGCAAGCCGGGCCUCCACAUUUGUUAGCAACUGCUGCAGCAUCAUCAGGAUUCCCACCGCAGAUUAGACCCUCCCAAGGUUGGCUGCAGAAAAAUGGGUUCCACUCUCUCAUGAGACCCUCAUGAUCCUUAAUUGCCAUUUACAUUAAAAAAUAAUCUCCCCCUAGUUUCUCUUGUGAGCAUCAAUGUGUGCAGGCUCCCCCUCCUUUAGGAAGCCCAUUCAUAACUGUAACUUUACUAUUGGGGUGAAAGGAAGGGAUAAAGCCAAAUUGGGAACUCACUGGAUUUGGUCUUGGGCCAGUCAAACUAACCAACGGAUGAAAUCUUUUAACUAGAUAUUUAUUCUCGGCGCUGACUAAAAUUUCUGAUCUUCUUGUAUAACUAUGAUUUACUACUUUACUGCAUUUCUGCGCUAUAGUAUUUAUGACAGCACACAUUCGUUUCUUAA